AAACAUGCAUUGCAGAUGAAAAACCAGCUUCAGCAGCAGCAGGAGAAUUGCAAAAGAGAAGUGCAUGAUCUGAUGGGAAAGAUUACAUCUCUACAGGCAGAGAAAAAGGCUCUCCUGCUACAGAGGAACGACUUAUUAGCAGACAACAAGAUCCUCGAGGGUGAAGCGGAGGCAGUUAAAAAGAAUAACAGAAAGAUGCAAAGAAGAAUUGGCCAGCUGAAACAGCAGUUGGAGGAUGCAAUGGAGAAGGAGGUGACAGCACAUCAAUAUCUGGCCAAUUUAAUAACGCUGGCUGAGAGCAUCGCUGGGGAGAGAGAUGAACUCAUUAAUAUG